CUUUAAAGUAAGAGCCCUUUCCAGCCCCAAAGCGUCGGGAAUUUGAUUGCCAGAGCUCCGGCGCUCAAGAUUGACACUGUCGCAAUAUGCCGGUAUAAGGUGUAACCUAGCUCUGCUGAAGCACGCACACCCUGCAAGGAGAAUCGCUCAAACCUACAGCUGCCAUUGCAAGGCCAUUAUUUCAGCUCCACCACCCUUGACCAUCCAGUGGCCCGAGUGGCAACUGGUAGAAACCGCGCAAUACUAAUUUGCAUUGGGAUAUUGCCAGGCUUGUAUUUCUUGCGAGAUGUUCAGCAAAGCCCCGCGCAAAGGGCCAUUUAGCCCGCCGGCGGACACCCCAGGUCCGAACACAUAUGAUCCUCAGCCGGAAAACACUAACAAGUACAAACGCGGUGCUAUGUUCGACUCCGAUGCGAGGAUGAAGUACUCGCAAGGGAAACAGCUCGCUCCUGACUCAAUUGAAACUCUACCUCUGGGAAAGUCUGCCAAAGAAAAUACCCUGACCGUGAAAUCCAUACAGAAUCGCUCUUCCGACGCGAACAAGCUACAAGAACGCUUAACGAAGGCGGAAGCAAAGGUGGAAUGUCUGCAGAGAGAGAAGACCACGCUUACCAAUGAGAAAACAAACAUCAUCACUGAUCUUCGCCUUUCGAAUCAACGUGCCGAGAAGCUCAAGGCACAGCUUGAGAAGAGUGAAGAAAAAGCGGCAGCUUUUCGGGAUAAAGCAUCAAAGUCCACUGUGGACGAUGUCACUGCUCGGGACCGUCUGAACACGCUUGUGAGGCUGCACGAGGAGUCAAAGCAGCAUCAAGCAGAAGAGCUUGCGAGAGGGCAGCGACAAUUCGCGGAACGAAAAGCUGCACACAAGACCAGAGAAGAGGCUUCCAAGCAAGAAGUUGCUUCGCUGCGAGCUGAGCUGGCUCAUCAGCAGGAAUUGGCUCAGAAAGAAGCAAAAGACCUGGCUCUGGGCUAUUCAGGUGCUGUUGCGGAGGCCAAUAUCUUGCGGCGAGCUCUUAGCAAAGCGGAGCAGGUGCAACUGGAGCAGCAGAGACAGAUAUACGACCUCGAAGGAACCCUAUCAGCUGCUAGAGCUCAACUCAGCGAAGACAUGGAGAGACUUGGGCAGGAGCACGAGUAUCUCGCCGAAGAAAACGAGCACCUUCGACAAGACCUCCAUGAUCAGGAGCUAGCUAUGACCCUGGAAGUGGGCGAAAAAGUCGAAGCCGAGGUCGAACUCGCCCAGUUACGACAUAACCUCUGCGUGAUGCAAGACGUUGUGCUCGCGACCGUAGCAGAAGUACAUCAUAUGGAAAGAGUGCUAGAAGCAACUACACUGGAGAAUGAUGGACUUGUCGUCCAGAAUUCGCUUCUUGUCCAGCGCUUCAAAGAGCAGGAGGCGAAGGUGCAGCAGCUGUGUGCAGCUUCAGAUCAAGCGCAAAACAACCAGAGAGUCGAUUAUGCAAUACUUGCGUCCUUGCAAGCCGAUAUCGACACACUGCUCCAGCUUCGCCACGACGAUUCAAAUCUGCCUGCCCAGCUCCAUCUUGAUGCUGAAGGUAUCGAACAGGAGCGAGCUGAAUGGCGCGAGGAGCGAAAAACCCUUGCGUUCGCUUUGGACCUUGCGCGGAGAGAGUCGGAUGUCCUCCGUGUGGAGAACAUUCGGAUGCUCGCCCUCAUGGAGGAUGUUCGAUGCAGGGUGACAGAUAAUGCAACCGCAAAGUUGCUCGCCGAGAAGGAGUUGUCAGCGCUUCGUUCGGAGGCAGAUGAGCUGCGAAAGGGAGCAAGUGCUCGUGACAAGGAGGUCUUGACAUUGCGGAAAGAGCGAAACGGUUUCGACGACCAACUGCAUCAGCUGCAAAAAUAUGAGUGGGAGGAUCAAGCAGAGUUGCGAGAAUUACGGGACGAGCUUAAAACAGUUACUGAAGAGCUUGAAAGUGCAAAGGGACACAUCAAGGCGAUCAUCCGCAACCUUGGCCAUGCAAAGGCAAAAGAAGAGCAUUUGCAAAAGCAAAACUUGGUACUUGAGGAAGCACUUGACAGCGCAGUCAAAUAUGAGCGGGCAUACGAAGCUCUGCAAGUCGAAGCACAGGCUCUAAUCAGCCGAAACGCUCUUGCGGAAGAGGAGGCAGCAGCACUCUCAGCGAUCAAUGCCGAGUUGGUCGGGCACACCAACCCCUUCCAGAAGGUGCAUCACAUCAGCAAGAUCAGAAGGGAGCUCGAUGAAUGUAAACAGCAGCUCAUCGCUGCCUAUAUCGAGCGCGACGAAGCAGUCAAACAGCAUCAGUUGCUUGCAGACCAGCUCGCCAUGUUCCGCAGUCUCGACAUGCCCCUCAACUUACGGCCGGCUACCAACCUCACACGCGUCCAGCGGCCUCCGCCAUCCUCUGCUCCAGACUUGUCAACGCUACGAUUAGCCAACUCCACCGCUUCAUCCCAGGGCGCCCCAACUGCUCGACGCUCAGCUGCGCCACUGAAGGCAUCUCGGGCAAGUCUCAUCCGACCCUCACGACUAGCUGUCUCGCAGGUUGGCUCGGUCUCCACUGCCCAACGCGCACGGAAAUCCAUUCAGCACCUUCAUGUGAGGAGGGUACAUAUCCCAUACGAAGGCGAGGAUGGGCCGGAAUUGUUCCACGAAGAUCAAUGGAAAGACGAAGAGAUGACUCUGCAGGAGCUGGGGUGGCGAAAUGCAUAAUUCUGUAGGCUACAGCGUCAAUCUUGAAAGGAAUGUG